GCUAUGUGGCUGCUGGGCCUCCUGUGUCUGCAGGUCUGUCUGCUCUCUACCACAGCCCUCCCUGACCAGACAGACGAACAGCAGCCAUACAAACCAACCAAGAAGCCAUGGACCUCUGCCAUUCAGGACCUCUAUACCAGGCGGUGUCAGAAGAAGGCCCUAAACAUUGUCAAAGACUCCAGCCACCCGAGUCAUAGACUGUUCUAUCUGCUAUCGCAUGGCAAGCGGUACCGAUGCUCCAAGUCUGGAACCAACAGGGCCUUGAACAGCUUCUACCCCCAAGCCAUAAGACCGCUAAAUACGAGUUCAAGGACUAAGAGGCAGACUGAGGCCGAGGGCCAAUGCAGGAACGGCUGUCUCUCCCUCGUAGGAGAGAUGAGUGGAUUCUCCGGAAUGCCUAGGCCUCCUACCGGUUGGAGUUUAAGGAUUAAGAGGCAGAAGAAAUUCAGGAGAGAAUGCAAGAAAAACCUAAAAAUGUGUCGCUCCCGCCUAGGAUCCUUGACACCCAUGAGUGAUGCUGGGCGCAGUUGGGUAAAACACCACCAAACACCAACCAAAGAGGUUAGUUCACGGAUUAAGAGUCAGGAGAAAGUCAGGAGCCAAUGCCAGCCAGUAAAAGCCAUGAAUCUGUCACUCCUGCUUAGGAGAGGAGCGCUCCUUCCAUGCACCUCCCCAUUGGUAUGCAGGGUAGAGUGGGGUAAGUUGAGCGACCCCUUAUUUCUGGGAAACCAUACAUAAAAAUAAUAAUGUGACCAAAUAUUUAGGAAGAGGUUAUCAUUUCAAGGAGUCUGUGAAGGAAGAAACCACAUGAAAAAGUGGUAAGCAAGUUAGGUCCAAAAAACUGAUUUUCACAAAGUAAAAUUAUUGUAUUGAGUUAGAGGUUUCAUGAUGCUUGUAUCUAAACCAAAGUAGAUAGUUUUAAGAUUGUUUUGUACAUCAGUUGGGGUCUCUAUACGCUCCAAUAUGAGGUUCUAAACCUAGCAUUAAAGUGCAUCCUUGUAGCUGUGUGGACUAAUAUAGUCAAAAUGUUUGCAUUGGGGUAAGUUGAGCCAAAUGGCCACCAUUCCCCAUACCAGUGGUGGAAAAAGUACCCGAUUCUCAUACUUCAGUAAAAGUAAAGACACGUCAAUAGAAAAUUAUUCAAGUAAAAGUGAGUCACCCAGUAAAAUACUUCUUGACUAAAAGUCCCAAAAAAAAUAUUAUUAAAUAUACUUAAGUAUCAAAACUAAAUCCAAUUGCUAAAAUGUACUUAAGUAUCAAGAGUAAAGGUAAAAAUGAUUUCAAGUUAGUUAUAUUAAGCAAACCAGAUAGCACAAUUUUCUUGUUUUUAAUUAUUUAUAGAUAGCCAGGGGUACGCUCCAACACUAAGACAUAAUUUACAAAUGAAGCAUUUGUAUGAAGCCCCCCUUGAGGUUCUAUAAAGAGCCGCCAAGGAAGUAAAAGUGGAAAAGGCCAUUUGAGCAGCAGCAAGGGAUGAAACAUUUUUACUAAAUGACACUGAAUACGUAUAUUAACAAGAAAGGAAACGAACAUGUACAGGUGAAGUCGGAAGUUUACAUACACUUAGUUUGGAGUCAUUAAAACUCGUUUUUCAACGACUCCACACAUUUCUUGUUCGCAAACCAUAGUUUUGGCAAGUCGGUUUCCAACAAUUGUUUACAGACAAAUUAUUUCACUUAUAAUUCACCGUAUCACAAUUCCAGUGUGUCAGAAGUUUACAUACACUAAGUUGACUGUGCCUUUAAACAGCUUUGAAAAUUCCAGAAAAUGAUGUCAUGGCUUUAGAAGCUUCUGAUAGGCAAAUUGACAUCAUUUGAGUCAAUUGGAGGUGUACCUGUGGAUAUAUUUCAAGGCCUACCUUCAAAAUCAGUGCCUCUUUGCUUGACAUCAUGGGAAAAUCAAAAGAAAUCAGCCAAGACCUCAGAAAAAAUGUUAGACCUCCACAAGUCUGGUUCAUCCUUGGGAGCAAUUUCCAAACGCCUGAAGGUACCACGUUCAUCUGUACAAACAAUAGUACGCAAGUAUAAACACCAUGGGACCACGCAGCCGUCAUACCGCUCAGGCAGGAGACGCGUUCUGUCUCCUAGAGAUGAACGUACUUUGGUGCGAAAAGUGCAAAUCAAUCCCAGAACAACAGCAAAGGACCUUGUGAAGAUGCUGGAGGAAAUAGGUACAAAAGUAUCUAUAUCCACAGUAAAACGAGUCCUAUAUUGACAUAACCUGAAAGACCGCUCAGCAAGGAAAAAGCCACUGCUCCAAAACCGCCAUAAAAAAGCCAGACUACGGUUUGCAUCUGCACAUGGGGACAAAGAUUGUACUUUUUGGAGAAAUGUCCUCUGGUCUGAUGGAACAAAAAUAGAACUGUUUGGCCGUAAUGACCAUCGUUUUGCUUGGAGGGAAAAGGGGGAUGCUUGCAUGCCGAAGAACAUCAUCCCAAUCGUGAAGCGCGGGGGUGGCAGCAUCAUGUUGUGGUGGUGCUUUGCUGCAGGAGGGACUGGUGCACUUCACAAAAUAGAUGACAUCAUAUGGAGGAAAAAUGAUGUGGAUAUAUUGAAGCAACAUCUCCAGACAUCGGUCAAGGAGGUUAAAGCUUGGUUGCAAAUGGGUCAUCCAAAUGGACAACGACACCAAGCAUACUUCCAAAGUUGUGGCAAAAUGGCUUAAGGACAACAAAGUCAAGGUAUUAGAGUGGCCAUCCCAAAGCCCUGACCUCAAUCCUAUGGAAAAUGUGCGGGCAGAACUGAAAAAGUGUGUGCGAGCAAGGAGGCCUACAAACCUGACUCAGUUACACCAGCUCUGUCAGGAGGAAUGAGUCAAAAUUCAUGCAACUUAUUGUGGGAAGCUUGUGGAAGGCUACCCAAAUUGUUUGAUCCAAGUUUAAGAAUUUAAAGGCAAUGCUACCAAAUACUAAUUGAGUGUAUGUAAACUUCUGACCCACUGGGAAUGUGAUGAAAGAAAUAAAAGCUGAAAUAAUUAAUUAUCUCUACUAUUAUUCUGACAUUUCGGAUUCUUAAAAUAAAGUGGUGAUCCUAACUGACCUAAAACAGGGAAUUUUUACUAGGAUUAAAUGUCAGGAAUUGUGAUAAACUGAGUUUAAAUGUAUUUAGCUAAGGUGCAUGUCAACUUCCGACUUCAACUGUACCUGUGUGAAAGAGAGGCUAUGACAGAGAAGCAGAGGAACACAAGGUAUUAUCUGAUGACGUAGAGUCUGAGCUUGAUAAACAUAUCAGGAAUGUCGCGGACAAGUUUCCUGGGCUUAGUUACCUCAAAUGCAGAGACGUUGCCUACAAAUUGGCACAUCAAAACAACAUUCAAAAGUUUGGGGUCACUUAGAAAUGUCCUUGUUUUUGAAAAAAAAGCUAAUUUGUUUUCCAUUAAAAUAACAUAAAAUUGUUCAGAAACACAGUGUAGACAUUGUUAAUGUUGUAAAUGACUAUUGUAGCUGGAAAUGGCAGAUUUUUUAUGGACUAUCUACAUAGGCGUACAGAGGCCCAUUAUCAGCAACCAUCUUUCCUGUGUUCCAAUGGCACGUUGUGUUAGCGAAUCCAAGAAUCUGAAACUUGUCAGUCUAUUCUUGUUCUGACAAAUGAAGGCUAUUCCAUGCGAGAAAUUGCCAAGAAACUGAAGAUCUCGUACAAUGCUGUGUACUACUCCCUUCACAGAACAGCACAAACUGGCUCUAACCAGAAUAGAAAGAGGAGUGGGAGGCCCCGGUGCACAACUGAGCAAGAGGACAAUCACAUUAGAGUGUUUAGUUUGAGAAACAGACGCCUCACAAGUCCUCAACUGGCAGCUUCAUUAAAUAGUACCUGCAUAAGAGGCGCCUUCACUGUUGAUGUUGAGACUGGUGUUUUGCGGGUACCAUUUAAUGGGCCUCCGUACGCCUAUAUAGAUAUUCCAUUA